AUGGACAGGAGACUCUCACUCACUCACAGUCGGAAUCUCUAUUUUUUUCAUCUCCCACCACGUUUUUGGAUUUUUUUUUUUUUUUUUUUUUGCAUCAACUCUCUCUCUCUCUCUCUCUCUCUCUCUCUUCAUUUUCUCUCGGGUCAGAGGCGGGCGGGGAGUUCUUUCAUUUCUCCCUUUAGGUUUCCCUCUCGACCCGGAUUGUCAUCCAUCCACAUCUUCUCUACCCUAUUUUUUGUUUUCCACCCUUUUCCUGGGGUAGGGAAGAGGCCUGCUACUAAUCCUUGUAGUGGAUUACCACUACCAUCAGCUGAAAAGGAACUUACCAUAGCCGUGUCUGAAAGCGCCUUCUGCUUGCACGCCAUUCCUCUGUCUCUCUCUCUCUCUCUCUCUUUGCACGUCCUCUCUCUCUCUUGCACGUCUCUCUCUCUCUCUCUUUGCGUCCUCUCUCUCUCUCUCUCUUGCACGUCCUCUCUCUCUCUCUCUUUUACACGUCCUCUCUCUCUCUGCACGUCCUCUCUCUCUCUCUGCACGUCUCUCUCUCUCUCUUGCACGUCCUCCUCUCUCUCUCUCUUGUCUCUCUCUCUCUUGCACGUCUCUCUCUCUCUCUUGCACACGCUCUCUCUCUCUCUUGCACGUCCUCCUCUCUCUCUUGCACUCUCUCUCUCUCUCUCUCUCUUGCUCCUCUCUCUCUCUCUCUCUCUCUUGCACCUCUCUCUCUCUCUCUCUCUCUCUUGCAUCCUCUCUCUCUCUCUCUCUCUCUCUUACGUCCUCUCUCUCUCUCUCUCUCUCUCUCUCUCUCUCUCUCUCUCUCUCUCUUGCAUCCUCUCUCCUCUCUCUCUCUUUACACGUCCUCCUCUCUCUCUCUCUCUCUCUCUCUCUCUCUCUUGCACGUCCUCUCUCUCUCUCUCUCUCUCGUCCCUCUCUCUCUCUCUCUCUCUCUUGCACCUCUCUCUCUCUCUCUCUCUCUUGCACAUCCUCUCUCUCUCUCUCUCUCUUGCACGUCCUCUCUCUCUCUCUCUCUUGCACGUCCUCUCUCUCUCUCUCUCUUGCACGUCCUCUCUCUCUCUCUCUCUCUUGCACGUCCUCUCUCUCUCUCUCUCUUGCACGUCCUCUCUCUCUCUCUCUCUCUCUUGCACGUCCUCUCUCUCUCUCUCUCUCUUCCAUCUCUCUCUCUCUCUCUUGCACGUCUCUCUCUCUCUCUCUCUUUGCACGUCCUCUCUCUCUCUCUCUCUCUCUUGCACGUCCUCUCUCUCUCUCUCUCUCUUGCACGUCCUCUCUCUCUCUCUCUUGCAUCCUCUCUCUCUCUCUCUCUCUCUUGCACGUCCUCUCUCUCUCUCUCUCUUUGCAUCUCUCUCUCUCUCUUGCACGUCCUCUCUCUCUCUCUUUGCACUCCUCUCUCUCUCUUGCACGUCCUCUCUCUCUCUCUCUCUCUCUCUCUUGCACCUCUCUCUCUCUCUCUCUCUCUCUCUCUCUCCUCUCUCUCUCUCUCUCUCUCCUCUCUCUCUCUCUCUCUCUCUCUUAAAUCUAUUCUUUGUUCAGUUUAAUGCUGAUAUCAAUGCUCAGAAUAAUCGAGGGGACACUCCUUUACAUUUGGCCUGUUACCGAGGAUUCACAGAUGUUGUAAGCCUACUUCUAAAUUCUGGUGCUGAUAUUUCUUUAGUAAACAACCAGGGAAAAACACCAUAUGUUGAAGCGGACAGCCAAAAGCACGUAACUGUACUCAAGAUUCUUCAGCCACAAAUGAAUCACCUAAAAGAAAGACAAAAAACAACUCCUCAAAUCCGAUCUUUGCCACUUGUCCAAUACUCUACAGAUUGCAUUCAGAAUUCUCUCAACAUCUCUACUUUCUCUGGCAACAAUAUGAGGAAUAUUAGCUUUGUUCGAACGAGUGAACCCCAAGAGAAUGAAGAUCGGGUUGGUUCUCUUGGUGAAACUGACUGUCUGUGUACAGAUUUGAACAUAUUAAACCUUGAUAAGCAAACGGACAGUGUACACUCCACAUCAUCCAGUACGACUGAGAACACGUCGUCACAAUAUUUAUCAUCUUGGUUAACAGAAAGUGUCGACUGUAAGAGACCGGAACAACGACAGGUGGAUGGGAAUUUUUUUCAGUCUGAGAUGCAGCGAAUGCGGAGGUCUUUAAAUACACAAAAUUGUCUCAUUCAAAAACUUAGAGAGGAAAAUGAAAAACUAAAAGAAAUGAGUGAACUUCGUGAGGCAGAGCGCAUACGUGCUGAUAAUACCAGUCGACAAAUUGCUUUACAGAUAGCCCGACUAAAACAGCAACCGACCUUUUUAUGGUCUGUAAGCGAUGAUUCUGUAAGCGAUUUCUCCUCCUCUUCAGACCUCUCUGCCAGCCCUGACCAAAUCACAUCCCCAAACUGUCUUUUUUCCUCCCCAAAAUAUCCGUCUACGUCAGGGCCAGGUACUAGCUCCCUUAACGUUGGCUAUGUAAGCACAAGACAUCGGAAUUUUUCACAUCAGUCUGUACUGGAACUCUACCAGCAAGUUCCCGACUGGAAAUUAUUAGACUUUGAUUUGCUCACAAAGAAAGUGUCUGAUGUAUGGUUGCAUGUGUCUGAAGACAGUAUAAAACUUGAUCAAAAUGAUCAAGGAGAAUGGCUUCUUGGACAUAACUACGAACUCAGGGACAAUUCUCCAUUGAAUCGCAGCAUUGAAAGUCAGGGCAAUGGGACCUGUUCACUUGUCUUCCGAAUAAGGUACAAGAAUCAGAACCUCAUAUUAAAGAUGAUGACAAAUCUCAUUGAUCUUCAUGAACAUGGCCAUAACCAAGGACACAGCCUCAAUGAUUCUCUUCAAUUUCGUUUUGGUGCAGAACUCACUCCGACUAAAGUUCCCCCCCACAGAAACCUCAUAAAAAUCAUUCAUCACUACAGUGGCACGACAUUUAACUUCCAAAAGUUUCAUCACCUCGUUGCACCACCAGGUCUGCAGGGCAUUGAAAUGGCUCACCAAACUCUCUUUUUUGUGAUGCCAGAAUAUCCAAAGAGUCUAAAAACUUUCAUGGAAAACACUAGCUUUAAUUCCUCGUUAGAAAAAUUUCUUUUACAGCAACUGUAUCAGUUGCUUUCUGCAAUUUAUUUACUUGAAAAAAUGCACAUUGUCCAUCGGGAUAUAAAACCGGACAACAUAUUCCUUGAUUGCAGGUUGCGACCUAUCCUUGCAGAUUUUGGUUUUGCUAAAAAAUUACGCAACUUAGACAUGAAAAUACCCGUGACACAUUUGGGACAAAUUGAAGCUGCCAACAAUUUGGCUUGGACUCCAGAAAUGAUCCGAUGGAAAACUACUGUGUAUCCCUUUACAAACCUGGAUGAGGAAGAUGUCUACAAAUUUACAGAUUCUUAUUCUGUCGGAAAAAUGUUCUAUGGUUUUCUAACAACAGAAGAUCAAAAAUUCCCCGAAGUGACCGGUAUCAAACCACACUAUAGCAAAGAGGAAUUACCACACUUGCCUUCUUUCUUGUCUGCUGGCCUACGUUGUGUUCUUCAACGACUUGUUCUUGACCAGCCUUCUGAGCGGUUGACAACACGACAGGCUAUGCUCUGGACUGGUUUGUUGCUUUUUCCUCCUUCACCUGAAGAAAUGACUCAUAAGUUGAUGGCCAAGCAUUAUCUUCAAGCGAAAUUGAUGACCCUGUUAGUAUUGAAGCCCACAGUCUUUCAAUCUGAUGACCAAUCCUCAUUAACAGUGGAAGAGAGUAUCCAGCAAAAUGCACAAACACUGGAAGCUGAUUUUCUUUUAAUGACUCCAAAUUUUUGGUAUUUUUUUCUUUCUUGCCUGAAGGCUUUCCCUCCACAUCUUCUCCAAAAUCCAUAUUGUAGUGAUAAUCAACUUGCUCAACAGGAUCGGAAAAAGGAUCUAUCCUUUUCCUAA